GAGUACGGAGUAGUGGCCAUCGGUUGGGAUGAGUACGGAGUAGUGGCCAUCGGUUGGGAUGAGUACGGAGUAGUGGCCAUUGGUUGGGAUGAGUACGGAGUAGUGGCCAUCGGUUGGGAUGAGUACGGAGUAGUGGCCAUUGGUUGGGAUGAGUACGGAGUAGUGGCCAUUGGUUGGGAUGAGUACAGUAGUGGCCAGUAGUGGCCAUUGGUUGGGAUGAGUAUGGAGUAGUGAUCAUUGGUUUUAGCAGUUAGUAGAUCAUUAGUGAGUUUUAGUAGGGCAGUUUCAGUGGAGUGUAGGAGAUGGGUCUUAAGUUGUUCAGGUUGGUGGGGUCCAGGGAGGGCUUGUUAAGUAUGGGAGGGAGGGGAAGGCACCAGUAGAGAGGGAAAGAUUGAAGAUGUGAGUGAGGGAGCAUAGGAUGGAAGAAGAGGGUGACCGUAGUAGUUGUGAGGGGACCAGGAUCCAGGGGGCAGG